UGGCGGUUAUUAGUUGAUUUUGUGUUUUGAAAUGCGGAUCUUGUUUAUAAUCGUAAUUAUAAUGUCUAUAAACUCUCAUGCAUCCUUAUGUCGCUCUACACUUACGUAAAUGACAAAGUUGUUAUGGACGGCAUCACCGGAACGAGUAGUAGUAUUGACUCCCACGAUCCGGAUCAAGUUUUAACAUACACAGUUCUCAAAGACUCAACUGGACUCGCGGAAGAAAAUGCUUCUACAGGAGUGGAGACGAGUAUGGACAUCGUUAUUUACGAUGAAAGUGAAGCCAAGAAGAAAAUUAAUGCAAAAGAGAAGAAACCAGCUACGAAGAAAACAUGGAGAGGCAGGCUACUACCCACAGAUUCAAAGCCAUGGCGUAAACAGAAGUUCAUUGAUAAAUGGGUAGACGACGAAAAAUUUAAAGGGUGGUUGACUCGACAUCCCGAAGAUCCGACCCUGGCCCGAUGCAUCUCGUGCAAUCAAGAACUAGUUGCCGGAAAAAGUGAACUCGUCAAACACUCUCAAACUAGGAAGCAUAUUAAAUCCUUACAGCACCUUGACUCCUCGAGUGUUGACUCUACCGAAGGCAGUCCUUCGAAAAAUCAGCCAAUGCUAGUCUGGGUUCUUAACGAUCAGGAAUGUCCGACGACCACGGAAGUGAAGUAUUUAUCUGGUUUUGGUAGUGAUCUCACAUCAGAGGAUCCAAGAUGUGCGAAUUCCUUACCCUGGGGGCAGAAUAGCCCUCAAGUGUGUCCCUAUGGGUUAUAUGCUGAGCAGCUGUCUGGUACAGCAUUCACAGCACCUAGAGAAUUUAACAGAAGGACGUGGUUUUACAGAAUCAGGCCGUCUGUUGUCCACUUACCUUUCAAGCCCAUUAGUUGUGGAGACUUGACCCAUAACUGGAAUGAGAAUGAUCCUAAUCCCAAUCAAAUGAAAUGGAAGCCAUUUGACAUUCCAGAAAGAGGAGUGGAACAAGUAGAUUUUGUUGAAGGUAUAAAAACUAUUUGUGGAGCUGGUGAUCCAAAGAUUCGGCAUGGUGUAGCUAUUCAUAUUUUUGUAUGUAAUGUAUCUAUGGAAGACAAAUGUUUCUAUAAUUCUGAUGGUGAUUUCCUAAUAGUGCCACAGCAAGGAAGGCUGACAGUCACAACAGAAUUUGGAAGAAUGUAUGUUGAGCCCAAUGAAAUUUGUGUUAUGCAGCAAGGCAUGAAGUUCAAUGUUGGCGUAGAAGGACCCAGUCGUGGUUAUAUAUUGGAAGUGUUUGAUGCACAUUUCAACCUGCCUUAUCUGGGACCUAUAGGUGCAAAUGGUUUAGCGAACCCUCGAGAUUUUCUUACUCCUGUUGCUCUUUAUGAAGACAGGGAAAUAGAAAACUAUACUGUUAUCAAUAAAUUUCAAGGAAAACUUUUUGCAGCUCAUCAGAAUCAUUCUCCAUUUGAUGUUGUGGCCUGGCAUGGCAACUAUGUCCCUUAUAAAUAUAACCUUUCCAACUUCAUGGCCAUCAAUUCAGUUUCCUUUGACCAUCCCGACCCAUCCAUUUUCACUGUCUUGACCUGUCCUUCUGCACGACAAGGAAUAGCUGUGGCAGAUUUUAUUAUCUUUCCUCCCAGGUGGGGUGUUGCUGAGGGAACAUUCAGGCCGCCAUAUUAUCACAGGAACUGUAUGAGUGAGUUUAUGGGUUUGGUGUUUGGCUCCUAUGAAGCAAAAGAAACUGGUUUUCUUCCUGGUGGUGCCACACUCCAUAGUAUGAUGACUGCGCAUGGACCAGAUGCGGACUGUUUUAAUAAAGCAUCAUCUGUCAAAUUGGGGCCAGAGAAAGUAGCCGAAAAUACAAUGGCUUUCAUGUUUGAAACUUCCCUAAGUCUGAGGGUCACUUCUUGGGGAGAGAAAACCUGCCAAAAGUUAGAUCCAGAAUACUACAAAUGUUGGCAAGCCUUGAAGAAAAAUUUUGACCCUAACUGGAAAUCAAGCAUUUCUGAUAUAGUGUGAUAACCUGCCUAUGCAAUAAAGACAAGAUCAAAGGGGACGAAAUCAACAAAAGAUCUGUUUUUAUCUUUAUGCUUGGGGACUUAAGAUUUUUAUCGAACUGUUUUGUUAUUCACUGUUUGUACAAAAUAAAAAGUCAUGUAUUUUUGAUUAAAAA